AUGGGGUGGAAAGGAUUUUGGAGCGAAGCCUUGAGAAUAACAGUUUUUGUCAUCUAUCCCGGACUCGAGCUCUAUGCGUACUUUGUUUUUGUAGGGCUUCUAUGCUUGGAAGACACGGAAUUCGAUUCCUGGACGAUCUUUGUUCUGUUUGUUGCAUAUCACAUGAUAGUAACAUACAAGGCAACAUUCUAUAUGAAGCUAUUCAUAAAUGAAGGAGUGAGCACCCUCGAGCUAUUUCCGGACGUUCCGCAGGAGGGAUACAACCUGAAGCUAAGAGGAAUGAAUAAGUUUGUAGAAGAAGAGGUGAUGAGACAGAGCAUAGCAAAGGUUAAGUUAUGCAGCAAGUGCAAAACAUACAAGCCGCCCAGAGCCCAUCACUGCGGAACAUGCAAAAGAUGCUACCUUAAGUAUGAUCAUCACUGUGCAUUACUAAAUACUUGUAUUGGAUUCCACAACUACAAGUUCUUCUAUCAGUUCAUGGUCCUGAACCUAGUGUCAACUGUUUUUUUUCUUGUGACAAUUUCUAUUUAUAUGAUGGUAUAUAUCCCAAAGUCUACCUCCCACUGGGUGAAUUACAUAGUGGCAGCAUCAUUGAUGGGAAUUGAAUUUAUCUUCAAUCUGUCGCUCCUGAUAUUCCACACGUGGCUUAUAGGAAUGAACGAAACAACAAUAGAGCACUAUGCUCUCAACGAUUACAUCAGUGGAGACCAUUCUUUCUCCCACAUCUUUCAGGAAGGCCCGAUAACAACACUAGCAGACUCCACAGACAGAAGAGUUUUGAAUCCCUACAACCUUGGGGCAAAGCAGAACUGGAGACAGGUAUUUGGAAGUGACCCUUUGGACUGGCUUACUGCAAGUCAUUCCACAUUGGGAAAUGGAAUGACGUUUCCAAAGAAUUACGAUGAAUACGAGGAGCUGCUGUAA